AUGUCAAAGCUCCUCAGAAACUUCCUGAGGAAGAAAACUUUACAAAACGCAACUUAUGAAGAAACUUCUUACUCUGACAUGGAAGGUUCCGUUUAUGGUGCACUGCCGGUUGACUCUCCAAUGGCUUAUGAUGAACCUAUAAGAGAUUUUAAACUGGUUUUUGAAGGUGAAAAUAAAGAUACUUUUGUUCUUGUACCUGGUUUAUUACCCUAUGACACAAUUGAGAUUCCACUAUUUGGUGGAUUUACUAUUGCUGAUUACUGGGGAGAUGUGAAGGAACAAAUAGAGGACCCUUGUAUCACCAGUCCUAGCCCUUUUGGUUCUCUUCACGAUCGUGCUGUAGAACUAUAUUAUCAAAUUAAGGGUGGGCAAGUGGAUUAUGGUCUCGUUCAUUCCCAUCAGUUUUGUCAUGGGCAAUUAGGUGAAACAUAUGAAGGUUUGGUGCCGAAUUGGAGUCCCGACAAUCCUAUAGUCCUGAUCGGCAAAGGCUAUGGUGCAACAACCGCUCUUUAUCUUCAACAUCUUCUUUCUACUAAUUUUUUCGGACAACACACGGCCGGCCAAAUGAUUAAAGGUGUUAUUUGUUGGUCUGCUCCACACCGCGGCUCUACCCUCCCUUACUAUCUUGGUCUUGAACCUGGCUCAAAAUGCAUCGUACAUCCUUUCUCGAUACUACAAUUAUUAUUAUCCCUUAUUCACCUCAUUUGUUAUUUCACCUUCCUCGAACGACUUUUCAACUUCAGAUUGAAUGACAAAUGGGGUCUCGCCUCGAAAAGCGAAGGUGGUGAACAAUCUUUGUGGAGGUGCGAGGAUGCGUUAUGCUGGUGA